UUAUUAUUAUUAUUUUGUUUUUUAUUUUAUUUUACCUAGGUGUUUUCCUUGUUUUGCUGUGUUCUGUAGUCAGACACACCCGCAGCGUCCUGGAGGCGGAGCUCUGCUCGUCUUUGUCCAAAACAAGAGGGAGGUCCUUCUGCUCAGUGACAGAACAUAUUUCCUGCUGAAGUCUGGUUUCUCUGCCGGUCCUUCUGCUCAGUGAAAGAACAUAUUUCCUGCUGAAGUCUGGUUCUCUCCCGGUCCUUCUGCUCAGUGACAGAACAUAUUUCCUGCUGAAGUCUGGUUCUCUCCCGGUCCUUCUGCUCAGUGAAAGAACAUAUUUCCUGCUGAAGUCUGGUUUCUCUCCCGGUCCUUCUGCUCAGUGAUAGAACAUAUUUCCUGCUGAAGUCUGGUUCUCUCCCGGUCCUUCUGCUCAGUGAAAGAACAUAUUUCCUGCUGAAGUCUGGUUCUCUCCCGGUCCUUCUGCUCAGUGAAAGAACAUAUUUCCUGCUGAAGUCUGGUUCUCUCCCGGUCCUUCUGCUCAGUGAAAGAACAUAUUUCCUGCUGAAGUCUGGUUUCUCUCCGGUCCUUCUGCUCAGUGAAAGAACAUAUUUCCUGCUGAAGUCUGGUUUCUCUCCGGUCCUUCUGCUCAGUGAAAGAACAUAUUUCCUGCUGAAGUCUGGCCGCAGCAGAGUUUCUCUCCCGGAGCUUCUGCAUUACAUCAAAGACUUCAGAUUUCAUCCAGCUGGGAGAUGUUUGCCACAGCCACCAGAAACUUUGUGGAAGAGGUGGAUCAUGGAGGUUUGCUGAUUCCAGUGUCCAGCCUGAAUGACACUAUCGCUCUUCUGACCGUGGUGGUGAAGCGAAAGCGUUUCUGGUUUUGGCAGAGGCCCAAGUAUAUUCCUACUGAUUUUACCCUCAAUGAUAUACUAACAGGAGACACGCCUAUACAGCCAGGUGUCAUAGAGUUAGACUUCAUUAAAUACAAUGGGACAUUUGGUGACAACAUUAGCGGGACAGUCGAUGCAAAGUUCCCCCUCUCUGGUGUGAGUCUGGAGGGAAAAGACUCCUCCAAGCUCCAGUCGUCCUUCGGCAGUCUGAAGAAGGACGAAGUGGAUGUGCAGAAGCUGCUGCGAGACUCCAAAGAAAGGCUUCUGGACAUGUCCCACUGUCUGGUCCAGCAGACGAAGGAGAAACACAAACAGUCGUUUGGGAUUGUGAAGGAGCGUAUUGUGACGACUCAGCCCUGUUCAGUCAUAGAGGAGGUGCAGCAGGGGGGACAGUGUGGAGCAGGUCUGAGUCUCUGCGGACCCAAGACCCCAAAAUUUUCACUGAAGGAGAACGGGAACUUGAGUAAAGACAGUAAUGUGACCAUGGAAAUUCCCAUUCAUACCACCAUCGCCUACGCCCUCAUAGAGCUAGAGAUCAAACAUGAUGGACGCUUUGGGCUGUGUCUGAUGUCGGACACCCGUGGUGGUUUUGAAGUGGAUGGUCCUGCUAAGAAAGGACUCUCUGGAGCCUCUGCUUCUGAAAAUAGCCACCUUACACAAGAGCUGGAGGGACUGAGCAAUCAUUUCCAGCUGCUCUCAGCUCUUCCUGCCAACACAAAGUCAGCUCUGCUUAAGCAAAUCACAAAAGUUAUGGAGGACAGAGGGGCAGUCAGUCCACUUCAGAGUGUGCUGGACCAGGUGUGCCUGGAUAAGAGACCUGCCCUGAGUGAUGUCACAGCAACAGAGUCCCAAAAACAGAGCAUCCAAGCAAUUCUGGACCUUCUGGAGGGAUCUGAUCAAGAGGGGUCCAGACCAGUCCUCACAGCUCUUCACCUGGUGAUCAGCGCCAUGGAUGAGAUGAAAAGUGAUUGUCUUGCUGUCUUGGGAACGUGCUGCAGCCUGCCGGUGUUAGAGGCUCUGGAGCUGCUGGUGCAGUGUGUUUCGGGGGAGGGCGAGCUGCCUCUGAGCGGCGCCGGCCGGGCCGCGCUGACAGACGACGUCUAUGAGAAGAGUCAACGUCUGUUUGCCUCCUCCAAUGUGUCCCUGAAGAGAGAUGGAGACACAGUGAAGACAGAAAUAAAACAGCUGCCGGGACACCUGCCGCUGGUCCUCUGCAUCGCUGUCAGAGGCCUCGCCUCAUUGGCCGGCUGACUCAACACACCUUUAUAUCCAACAGACUUUAAACACUACACUGAACGAGCUGAAGAGGAUCAUGGAGAUUAUCAGUCAACCACAAAUUGUCAAAAAAAAGUCAAAAGUAAAUCAGUUUAGUCCAUUAGUGAUGGAUUUUGAAGUGGACCUCAGAUUUUGAAGACAACCUCAGGGAUAUUCUGGGAUUUUUUAAUAAACUGAUUUCAGAAUCAUAAAAUUAUCCAAUUUGAGAUGAUUACUAAUUAUGAAAAAUAUGGUAGUACCCUACCAGUUGGGGUUUAGUCAAAUAUAAAGAUAUUCAGUGACCAUGGUUUAUUAAGAAUAACCAUAAGCUAUAUUGCUGAAAUAUACUAAUGUGGGAUCACAACUGAAAUCAGAUUCAUUCUUUCAGUGGUUGGUUUUUAACUUGCUGGGGGCAUUAGCUUCAAAAUGCAGACUAACCUGAAAAUCAUUUUAGUGAAUGAAACAGAAAGUAUACGGGUCCAGUGACACCUCGGUAUCUUAUUUGGAGUAUUGCCAUUAAAUAUGAAUGUGCCUGGUAUCUGAAAGAUCACCUGAACUUUUUUAAGUGUUCUCAUCGAAUUACAUUUUGUAUAUUUAUACAAAUGUCUCAUUUGCCAACUAAAACCUCUCACCUUAUUAAAAUAAACAUGUAUGAAUCAUU